AUGGAUGGACAUUUAACAUCCCAAUACAAUUCUUCAAUGGAGGGUGGUGACAUUGAUCGAGAUCGAAUUAUUGACGGUCAUCUUUUACCAGAUGAAUAUUUUUGUCCAAUCUGUCGCUGUCUUCUGUGGAAUCCAUGUUCAUGUGCAUCUUGUCAACAUUUAUUUUGUCAAAAAUGUAUUCACACUUGGCUAGAAUAUUCGAAAAGUGACAAAACAUGUCCAUUUCGUUGUCAAUCAUAUGACGAACGACGCUGUCCACCGUUGUUUCAUUCAUUAUUAUCACGUGUAAAAAUUCAAUGUCGAAAUGCUUCAUUCGGCUGUUCAGAAGUUUUAGCUUACGAUUCAUUAGAACGACAUGAAAAUGUUGAGUGUAAAUAUUUGACUCGAACAUGUCCUGAAUGCAUGAAAUUGAUACUUGUAUCAGAAUUUACUGAACAUAUACAAGUACCUGGUAACUGUAUGCCGUGUCCGAUUCGAUGUACAAUCUGUCAAUCGUUCAUAGAAAAGACCGAGUUUAGAAAUCAUUUUAAUGAAUGUUAUAUGAAUAGACUCAAUACUAUGUUCGAACAAUUUGUUACACUACAAUCAAGAACAACUGAACAACAAGAAAUAUUUCCGUUAACUACAGAGCAAAGAAAUAUGCAAUUGCUUCAAACAAUGUUGAAUGCAUUCAAUACAUUUGAAGAACAACGACAAAAUUCGCGAUUACCAACGAAUCUACUCGGUAUUAAUAUGAUUCGACAAGCACGAGAACGUGGAUGUGAGUCAAGCGCGAACGCUCGAUUUCAUGUAAAACAUGAUCAACUUUUACUGGCAGGAUGCACAUGCCAUCGAUCAUGGCUGAAGCCACGUUCACGAAAAUGUGAUGAUUCAUCACCACGUAGAUAUAUGAAUGGUGAAUUAACAAAAGAAUCCUGA